UAUGAAGAGUCCUUCUGGUCAUUUCGUGGUUGAACACGUUGAUGUACACAUCGCAGGUCGCUUUGAGUAUCUACUACUUAUGUCGCUUCACGAUGACAAAGUGGCUGCGCUACUGGAUACUGGCAUCGUUAGCCAUUGACGGAGCUUGUUCGAUUGCGGUUCUCGUCCACACCUACGAAUAUCUGGUUAACACUGCUGGUAUAGACGACGUAGCCGCAUGGACUAUACCGAUUAUAGUCUUGCUCACAUACGCCUCCGCCUCAAUUACACAAGCAUUUUUCUGUUAUCGGUGUUGGACAAUCUCCAGGAAUAAAUGGAUUGUUGGAUGCAUCAUGUCUAUCAUUACAAUAAACAUGCUUUUCACUUUGUUUUUUGAAAUCUAUAUUUCCCUCUAUCCGAAGGAACUGACGCUGGCAUUACCGUUGACGAUCUCCGCAACACGUGCAGCAACAGACAUGAUUAUCACGGGCUCCUUAGUUUGGAUAUGUUGGCACAUAGAGUCACCGUACGCAACUACAAGAAAAAUAUUACGUCGUGUCAUGGUACAAGCCUUGGCUUGCGGCUUCACAACGGCCAUUUCAACAACACUCCUGACUAUCUUUCUUCUUCUCACUGUCUUGGAUGCACACUAUUCCCUCCUCGUUACACUCGGACGCAUUUACAGCCUCAGUGUUUUGUUACAUCUCAUUGUGUUGAAAGGUAUGCAUCGUAAUGAUCCGUGCACAAUGUGGAUAGACGGGAACACCGGUACUGAGACGAGCAAUACACAGUUAACGCCUAGUGAAACUAGCCAUCACUACCCAACGCAUCUUCAAUCGAGGACUUUAGCGAACGAUCAAAAUUCUACAGUUUAAUGUUACUUAUAUCAGCUCACCGGUCAGAAAGGACCGCAU